UCGUGUUUUUGAAUCAAACGCGGUGGAUGGUAGUUCAAUACAAGAUUUGUUUACCCUGUCCUCGUCUCUGUUAAAACGCUGGUUGACGUUAGCUGGUAAAAUUUAAAAGUUGUAAACGUAGUUUUCUGAGAACUUCAGAGUAAUGGCUUCCAGGAGUUCAAGUUCCACAGGGGAAGGCUUGCUCUCCAGCCGAUCCAGCGAGCGUACCCCUCUGAGAAGUCUGGACAAUGAGAUUCUGCACUUGUCGACUCCCUCAUCAAAGUUCAGAUCAAAAUCACAGAUCAGUAGUGAUGCUGGCAAAAUGACAAUGGGUGAUCUUCCACUGAGUGAACAAGAACCCCAGCUGUACUCUUCUCCAUCCACCAAAAUGAUACAAACAAAUCUUCCAAAAACUGAUACAACAACUACUCAGAUUGCUUGUGGACUUUCAGAUAUAACAUUUAAAUCCUUCACUUGUGCUGGUGGUGAAGUUGAGAUAUUAGGCUCUUUACUGCAUGCAGAGGAGAGUAUUAUUUUAUCUACGGACCGGGGUACAUCUAACACUGAAUCUGAAGAUGGCAUCAUCUCUGACAGUGUGGUAAUGGAGUCAUGCUCUGAUCACAUCGAACAUCCCUAUCAUGUUCUUGAGAAGAGUGACACUUACUCUGUUAACAUCAGCGCAGCACUUCCCUGUGAAACUGACAGCACUACACCGGCUUCUUGUGAUCUGGAUAACAAACAAGCCACAGAAGAAUCAACAGCUUUUCAGAGUGACUGCAGUGGAAAGGCAGAUCUCACUUGGAAAUCCUUCCUUCGUGAUGGAGGUGAGGUGGAAGUUUCAGAUGCCACCAGAUUACACAACGAAACCAUUCCUCUGCCCAAGGAAGAGCUUGGUGCUCCUCUAGAGUAUGACAGUAUAAAUUUGACCAACUGCUUCGGUGACUUUGACCAGCAGUGUCAAGAGGAACAUGCUGAUCAUCCAUACUGUAGCCAUGAUGGUGGUGUUGAUCCUGUCAUUAAGGCUUUAUCUGAGACAACACGUGGUUCAGAAAAACGUGCUAAUGGACUGUCCUUUAAAUCACUGGACUGCACUGGAGGAGAGAUUGAAAUUCCAAGAGAAGAGUCCGUUGUUCUACCAGCCGACCAUACUGUUAGCAGCAGUGAGACACAUGGCUAUGCCAUAGAUUCAACUGAAAUAGCUGGUGACUGUGAUUUACAAAAUGAUAAUACAGUUGGUCACUUUGAUCAUCCAUACUGUAAUGUUCAGACUCAUUCAUCAGCUCCAUGUGACAGCCUUUUGACUACCCAGGAAGCAUUGGCAGACAGCACUGAGGAUGUAAUGGUCAGACACUACAGUGGUAGCCCAGUGGUAUCUGAUAGCCAGGCUGGGAGUCAAGGUGGUGUCACAGCUGAUUGUUGUAUUCCAGCUGAAGAUGAAAAAUUAGAUGAGGCCCAAUUUCCCAAGAAGAAGACAUCCCUUCUGCAUGAGGACCAGAUUGUAAUCUGUCCCCUCAGUGAAAACUAUCUGUUCACUUCCAUCACACAUGAUUAUUGUCAAGAUGCCUUUGAAGAUGCUAACAGCCAACAGAACAAUGGUGAAGCUGUGGUAGCUACUGACCCAUCAGCUGUUAGCAGAUCUCUGGUGGCUAAUGGAUCUUUAAAAGCUUUGGAUACUGAAACUGUAAAAUGCAAAGGGCAAGAAAUGCUUAACUGUACCGUGAAUCCUGCUGACAGUGCAUUGUCUCUCGUGGUUCAGACUACUCAGAUUUCUGACUGCAGUCAACUUGCAGGUUCAGCAGAGAGCCCUUCAGCUGUGGAAGUGCAACAGCAAGACCAAGAGGAGCAUGUCUCUGAAGUGAACUCCACCAGAGGACCCACUGAAUCCAGUGGGGAAAAAGACAGUGCCAUUGGCUCAUCUGGAAAUGCACCUGCUCUUUGUAACUCUGCAGAAAAAUCUCAUGCAGAGAACCUUACUGAUGUACUGAAAGCGCUGUCGGAGUGUCCCUCGGUUACCUCAGCUUUGGGGUUGGGAAUGUUUAGUCCCGUUAGGAGAGCUUCUCUGUCUUUUUUAAAGACUUUUGGGGAUCCUGCUCAAGGCAAGUUUGCAGCUGAUGACUCUGCUAUUGAGGGUGAGAAAACCUUGUUUGCUCCUCUUAAUGCUGACCGUGCUGGGUUGUGGGCGGAGCAACUGGAAAGCCCAAUGCCUCAUCCUCUGUUAAACUCCACCGCCCUGGGUCAGAAUCCUGGUCUGAGCCCACUAUGGGAGCCAGUUAAGGAUUUGGGACAGAAAGUCUCUGCAGAGCCUCAGACUGAAGCUGAGAAACCACUGCUGAAUUUCCCACUGAUUUCCGAUGGUCCGUUUCAGCAGCAGCUUCGACAAAUGGCAGAGUUCCUCAUGAUGGCGUCUGGAAAGAUGGGCCCUGCUGCUGUCUCUGCUCCUGCUCCACCUCCUGCCCCUCCAGCCAAAGCUGCUCCUGUAAAGUCUCACAGUGUCUGUGUGGGCAGUAGUCCUGUGAAACUGGUUGACCACAGCCUCAAUACUUCUGGCCUGUUUGAGAGGAAGAGGGAAUUCUCUGUGGCUGAUUCCUGCACUAUGACUGACCCGCUCCUCUGGAAUUUACCUCCAGGCAGCUUGGAGUCCCUCCCAAGACAGGAGCUGGAACAGAGGUUAAUGUCUAGCAUGACGAUGGUUGAGGCCCUGGUGCAACAGCUGACUGCAGCGAGGGCACAAGGACGUCCGCUUGCAGGCCCUGCUCCUUCAGACCUCCGGGAGAAACUCGUGCAGACAGACCACACCGAACUCAGUCAGACCACAAUGUAUAGAGACCUGUAUGUGGAAGCUUUGAGUCGGAUUGGGGAGUUGGAGCUUGAUGGGAGUUCUCUACAAAACGUUAUCCAGAGUCUGCAAGACAUGAAGAUCACCAUGACUUCUGUCAGAAGUGACACAGACGCUGCUCUCUCUAACAUGAAUGAAAUUGGUGACAUAGUCAGAGAGGACCAUCAAAGCCUCAUUUCACAUUAUGGGCACAUGAAGUCUCUACUUGAGAAAUCAAAGGACAUACAGAGCAGAAUGAUGCAGAAGGUCAAAGAAACUCUUCAUCAGAGAAAUGACAUGAGGACUCAAAUGGAAGAAGCCUUCACAGCAAAGGAGGCAGCUUUCAGUGCGAUGGAACAGCUGAGGACACACUGUGCCACAGAAAUUUCACUUCUGGAGAAGAGUGUGGGGUCUCAGCAAGAGCUGCUGGCCACCCUAAAGCAGAGCUAUCCAGAACUGGUUGUGUUAAACAAGGCUUAUAAUGCAACCCUGGACUCUGCUUCAGAUCUUUUGUCUGAAACCAUGGAUGAACAGUCCGCUUUGAUGAAAGAGCUCUUCAUGGUCAGGAGCCUUCUGCACAAAACUGCUCCCAUGCUCCUGAAGCUGAACGAGAAAGCUGCCGCUGCUUUGAGAGAGAGAGAUGAGCACAUGUCUGCAAGAGACCAAGCUGUUGAAGAGCGAGAGCAGAUUGAAGCAGAACUGAAUGAAACUCAUUCGAAUUUCCAAGCUGCCAGGGAGCAGAUUGGAGAUUUAAAUCUGCAGGUGACAAUUCUGACAUCAGAGAUGUGUGUACUGCGAGAGAAGUUGACUAAAAAAGAAGAAGAGACGGGUCAGCUAGAGAGGAAGGUGACGGAGCUGUCUGCUACAGUUUCCUCCACGCUGGCAUCCUACACUUUCUUGGAGCAGGCCCUGGCUGCUGAGACUACAAAGUUGCAGGAGUCGUGGAAAGACAAACAAGAGGCUAAAGAUCGAGCAAAUGACUUGGAGGCAUCACUGGGUCAGUCGGAGCAGCGGGUGUGCGAGUUGAGUCGGGCUCUGGCUCAGAGUGAGGAGCAGCUCAGUCAGCUGCAGUCCCUCUCACAGUCUCAGAGUCGGCAGAUCCAGCAGCUCCAGGAUGUCUGUACACAGCUCAGUGGUGUGCGGGAAAUGAACGAGUUCCUACAGAUGGAGAACGAGUUGGCGAGGGAGCAGAUGGCAGAAAGUGAGCGUAUGCUAAGGGAAAACCUGCAGAGCCUUCGGGAGAGGAACAUCCAGUGUGAGGACCUGAAGAAAGAAGUUUGUCAACUUAAGCUUGAGAACGGGAAUUUGCAGGAAGAACUUAAAGCCACAAGGUCCAGAGCCAGGACAGCAAACCUGGAGCUUGAAGAGAAGAUGGCUCAGGCGGUCACAGAAAUCACUUUGCUGCAUCACACACUGAGGGGACUGACCAACAAGCUCCAUGAAGAACUUGAUGAAAAGAAACCACAGAUGUGUGAAGAGUCUCAGUCAGUCCACAGCGUGGAGCGUUGUGCCUCAACUGCUGAGAGAGAGGAAGAGGUCAAAACAGACACUCCUGCUGAAACAGUCCCUUCAGACACUCUCGAGCCACAGCGUGAAGCUUUGUUCAGCGAGAUGAGCGCCUUCACCCGCAUCGCAGCCAUCACUCCUAAAAAGAAUAUGAGCACAGUCGAGAUUCAACCAGAGGAAGAGGAGCAAAGCCACCUGGCGGAGCUGCUUACUGGCCUGGGCAGCACCGUCACCGAGCUCGUCAGCACUCUGAAGCUGGUGCAGCAGCGCAGAGACGCUCAGCUGGAGGAGCUGCAUGGCCAAAUCUGUGGCCUGCAGGUGGAGCAGCGUGCUGCAAAGAACGGACAUGAAGCUGAGGUUUUUGAGCUCAAGCAUCAACUCAGCCGUCUGAGUCAGCUGGUCGAGAAGGCAAAUCAGGCUCUGCAGCAGAAAACUCAGGAUGAGAAAAUGCUGGCUAAGUUGAUAGUUGAAGUGCAAGACACACAGGAAAUCCUAAAUAAACAGAAGACUGACAAUAAUGAAUUGAGAAGGGAAAUCACUGAGCUUCGUCGCGCUCUCCAGCAGUCGAAGGUGGAGUCUGAAUUCCUUCGGGAUGAAUUGAGGAAAGCUGGCGGCCAGUCGACUAAACCGGAACAUUUCAUGGAAGAGAACAUCAAGUCAUUGAAAGAGGUGGAGAGACUGAAGGCCAGUCUUCAGGAAGCCGAGCAGGCCAAAGUAAAAAUUCUUGAAAGGGCAAAGAGACAUCAAAUCAUCUAUCAGAGCAACCAGCAGAAAAGUGAGAACGAGCUUCAGAUAUUAAACAACAUGAUCAACAGAGUUCGGGAGACCUUGCUGUCGUUGCCGGCAGUUGUGAAGAACUGUGAACAGCUCCGGCAGCUCGUUGAAUACAUUGGCUGAUGUGUUUAUUUCCCUCGUGUGUGUUUAUUCAUGUUUUAGCUUGUCUGCCUUCUAAAUGUUUGUAUUUUUGAGAAUAAAAUAAUUAUUUGAGAAUAAAAUAAUGCUGAUAUUAA